AUGGCUUCUGCAGAAGAGCGAAGAGAGGGACCGGCGAAGGAAAUGGUGCAUAAGACCAAGACAAUUCAGUUCCUUGGACGCACCACGCCAAUCAUUCUUCAGAACGACAAUGGCCCUUGCCCUCUCCUCGCUAUCUAUAUCCAUCGAAAUAUGAUAUUGCGAGUGAUGAAUUAUGUGGAAUUUGAAACUAUUUAUAGAAUUGGUGAUUUUGAGUUCACUCGCGAGUGUGCAAUAUUUGAUCUUUUGGAUAUUCCCCUCUAUCAUGGCUGGAUAGUUGACCCCCAGGACUGGGCAACUGCUAUUGCAGUCAAAAACAUUGGACUAAACAAAUGCAGGAGUUUCCUGUCUAUGACUCUAUGA